UACUGAUCGAGUAUAAAUGACGCUACCCGGUAGCAAAUCACGCAAAAUUUUCACAUUGAUCAAACAUGACGCGUCGUGGCUGUCGUUCUUUCAUUCAAAUAUGCGCCUGUUUGGCGUUCAUCACGAUCGUGGUCGCGGAUAAAGAGGCUUGCAAUAAAAGAAAAUGUCCGGGUCCAUUGGCAUAUUACGAGAAUCUCAGUUGUAUCCCGGUGUACGAAAAAGAAGGUGAUUGCUGCGCCACAAAAUAUAAUUGUGAUCAUCUGAAAGGAAGAUCACCUUACAAAUGUUACGUCAACAAUAAGGAGUACGAAAUUAGAGAGGAGCUUAGAGAUGAAGAUAAAAAUCGUUGUGAAGCUCGUUGUACCUGCAGCGAAAGAAGUGACGGAUUCGCCGCAUUUCAUUGCUCAUAUGAAUUUUGUAUUCCAUGGUCAACUAAACCAGGCUGCUACAGAAAGCAUUCUCCAUUAUGGUGUUGUCCCAGAAACGAAGUUUGUCCUGAAAAUCCCGAAGAUAGAGCUAUCUGUAUUGUAAACGGAAAGGAAUAUAAAGAUGGAGAACAUUUUCCUGUUGAAAAUGAACCGGAUUUAUACUGUGUCUGUCAACCUGGUUACGAAGGGAACAACGUCGAACCUUUCUGUGCAAAGCCCAGACAUACAGACUGUAAUCCCUAUUUCUACCAAGUAGGCGGUAUUAUUAAUACUUGUGCUCCGAAAUAUGGCGCGGAUCAAUCGCCGCAAGUUGAUUGCAGUUUCCAUAUUAAAUGUCAAGAAGAUGACGACAUUGUUAUUCACAACGAGCCCGACAUUUCAAAGUCUGCCGAGGAAAAUUUCAAUGACGAGGACGUUUGUCAUUUUGGUAAUUUGACUAUGCACCGCGGUGAUGAAUUGGGUAAAACUGUGAGUUAUAGACAGUGCGUUAAAUGCAUUUGCGAAGUGCCACCAGUGCCCACUUGUCAGGUUUUACCGAAGGAAGGAUGCAGUAUCUUCGACAAAUCCUAAUAUUUCAAAAUCUGUAAUAAGUAAUAGUCGACUCAGGAUAUCAUAGUAAAUUAGUCCAUAAACGUAAGGAUCUCUUUACAUAUGUAUAUUUUAAUGUAACUGGCAUUUGUUCUAAUGAUUUGAAUAAAAGCAUGUUUUCAUGUAUUGCAGUUAAAAAA